CGACAACAGCUUUGCUCGCUGCUCCUGAAUUUCGAAUACUCCAGUUCUUAAGCUUCAACCGAAUCAACCGUUCUUGGCUGAAAUCAUGGGUUCAGAUGCUGAUAUGGAGGAUUAUGGAUUCGAGUACUCGGAUGAGGAGCCUGAGGAGCAGGAUGUUGACAUAGAGAAUCAGUACUACAACUCCAAAGGUUUGGUUGAAACAGAUCCUGAAGCGGCACUUGCUGGCUUCGCUGAAGUUGUUAACAUGGAGCCUGGGAAGGCUGAAUGGGGAUUCAAAGCUCUAAAGCAAACAGUGAAGCUCUAUUACCGUUUAGGGAGGUAUAAAGAGAUGAUGGAUGCUUACAGGGAGAUGCUAACAUACAUCAAAUCAGCAGUGACCAGGAAUUACAGUGAAAAAUGCAUAAACAGUAUUAUGGAUUUUGUUUCUGGCUCAGCUAGUCAAAAUUCUGGUCUUCUGCAAGAAUUCUAUCAGACCACUUUGAGGGCUCUUGAAGAGGCAAAGAAUGAGAGACUUUGGUUUAAGACAAAUCUUAAGCUUUGCAAGAUUUGGUUUGAUAUGGGUGAAUAUGGACGAAUGAGUAAGAUUUUGAAGGAACUCCAUAAAUCUUGUCAAAGAGAAGAUGGUUCUGAUGAUCAAAAGAAAGGAAGUCAGCUGCUGGAGGUAUAUGCUGUUGAAAUUCAAAUGUAUACCGAGACAAAGAACAAUAAAAAGCUCAAGCAAUUGUACCAAAAAGCACUUGCUAUUAAGUCAGCAAUACCUCAUCCAAGGAUCAUGGGAAUAAUUCGCGAAUGUGGAGGGAAGAUGCAUAUGGCAGAACGUCAGUGGCCAGAGGCAGCAACAGAUUUCUUUGAAGCAUUUAAGAACUAUGAUGAAGCUGGGAAUCAGAGGCGUAUUCAAUGCCUAAAAUACCUUGUUCUGGCUAAUAUGCUUAUGGAAUCUGAAGUUAAUCCCUUUGAUGGUCAAGAGGCAAAACCAUAUAAAAAUGAUCCUGAGAUUUUAGCAAUGACAAAUCUUAUAGCAGCCUAUCAACGAAAUGAGAUAAUAGAGUUUGAGAAAAUCCUCAAGAGUAAUAGGCGGACAAUAAUGGAUGAUCCAUUCAUUCGAAAUUAUAUUGAAGAUCUGUUGAAGAAUGUCAGAACUCAAGUGCUACUUAAACUUAUCAAGCCUUACACAAGAAUCCGGAUUCCUUUCAUUUCAAAGGAACUCAAUGUGCCUGAGAAAGAUGUUGAGCAAUUGUUGGUUUCAUUGAUCUUGGAUAACCGAAUUGAUGGACACAUUGACCAAGUGAACCGGCUAUUGGAGCGUGGUGACAGGUCAAAGGGCAUGAAGAAGUAUACUGCUAUUGAUAAAUGGAACACACAACUUAGGUCACUUUAUCAAACCAUCAACAACCGGGUAUACUGAGAGAUCUUGCAUAUGCAAUAUGAUUUCCCUACAGUCUACAGUCAAGGUGGUCCUCUUUUUUCAAGUUGUUUCUGACGGGAAAGAAGCAUUGCAUCUUACCGUUUUGGUGCAUAAUGUUGGUGAAUCAUAUGCGAUGUGUUUCCUUCCUCCAAGUGGUUCUGCUUUUUCAAUGGCCAUAAGUAAUUACACAUACCUUCAUGAUUUGUAAACAUAUGCAUGAUAGUGCAUUAGAGGUUGGAAGAAUUUUGAUUUUGGGAGGACUUCUUUGCUUUAACGCUUAUCUCCUAUUGAGUUGAAUGGAACCCUCAAGAUUCAUCUCUGA